CCCAUUUUUGAGGCUUGUUCUCUCUUUGGUGUCAGUGUCUCAUCAUCUCUCACCACAGGAAGAGGACAGGUAGGGAAUCAUAUUUAAUUAACAGCACAACUCUGGGCAGUUUCCCUUCUUCAGGUGGCUGAUAUGUGGAGAACAGGAGACACUGUUGAAAUAGUUUGAUCAGAUACACAUCCAAGGAGUUAUUUGGAAGUUCAUUAUCAAUCCUUACGAAUAUCCAAGCCAAAACUCGUGGACUUCUCUUAUUUUAGUGCCUGGUUACGUGAGUUACAGAGCAGAGAAGUUGGGAGGAGCCCUGGUGCAGGCAGGAAAUGGUUAAGAGCCGUUCCUAUCACCUGGGAAAGCAAUCCUUUGAUUUUUCAGAGGGCGCUAACAUGCUGCAGUUCAUAGAAACAAAGGGAAGGGGGAUCAAGUAGAAAAGUUGUUCUUGGAUUUUAUUCUCAGUGGCAGAACUUGUGAGGGCUGGAUAUUGAUGUCUGUGGGGAAAAUACGGAGUUUUUGGAUGAAAAGGGAUUUUUUAUUUUUCUUCUUAUCGUCAUUCAAAAAAAGGAUCUGUGAGAUGAUUUUCUAGCCCUUGGACCUCUCCUUUUGACUCUCUCCAGUUGCCUUCCCAGCUCCAGAAGUGGUGCCCCAAACCCAAAAAACACUUCAGCAGAAGAUUCACCAGAGCCAACUGGAGGGAGAGGCCUCCCCAACUGGUCCCAGUGGUAUCAGAAGGAUGAAUUUCCUCCUGAGCUUGUUUUCCCUACUCUGAGUUGCCUCAAUGACUUGUUCUCAACUGUGCCUCUGAUAUCCCUAUGAUUUGGUGUGGCUGCUCUCAUCAACUGAAAAAUAUGUCCAUCCGAGGCCUGAAGAAGAAACAACCAAAGACUUUUAAAGUUAAAAUUAUAACAGUGGAUGCUGAGAUGGAGUUCAGCUGUGAGAUGAAGUGGAAGGGAAAGGAUUUGUUUGACCUGGUGUGCCGAGCCCUUGGUUUAAGGGAGACUUGGUUCUUUGGCUUGCAGUACACGAUUAAAGGAAUGUGCACCUGGUUAAAGAUGGACAAAAAGGUUUUAGAUCAAGAAAUCCCCAAAGAAGAUCCCAUUAGCUUUCAUUUUUUGGCUAAAUUCUAUCCAGAGAAGGUAGAAGAGGAACUUUUACAGGAAAUUACCCAGCAUUUAUUCUUCCUUCAGGUUAAGAAACAAAUCCUGGAUGAGGAGAUCUAUUGCUCACCAGAAGCUACAGUUUUACUGGCUUCUUAUGCUGUUCAGGCCAAGUAUGGUGACUAUGACCCAAAUUUCCACGAGCCAGGCUUUCUAGCCCAUGACGAGCUGUUACCCAAAAGGGUUCUCAGGCAGUACCAGCUGACAGCAGAGAUGUGGGAAGAGAAGAUCACUGCUUGGUAUGCUGAGCACAGGGGGAUUGCCAGGGAUGAAGCUGAGAUGAACUACCUGAAAAUUGCCCAAGACUUGGAAAUGUAUGGUGUCAAUUAUUUCCCAAUUGCUCAAAAUAAAAACCACACAGAUCUCCUGCUUGGAGUUGAUGCCAAAGGUAUUCAUAUCUACAGCAUUAAUAACAGGUUCUCUCCAAAUAAGUCCUUUGAGUGGAGCUCUAUCAGAAACAUUUCCUGUAGUGAGAAAGAGUUAACUAUUAAACCCCUUGACAAAAAAGCAGAAGUCUUCAAGUUCUUUUCCUCUCAGCUCAAAGUGAAUAAACUGAUUUUCCAGCUGUGCAUUGGAAACCACGACCUAUUUAUGAGGAGGAGAAAAGUGGACUCCAUAGAGAUCCAGCAAAUGAAAGCACAAGCCAGGGAAGAAAAAGCUAGGAAAAAGAUGGAGAACCAGAGGCUGGCCAGGGAGAAGCAGCUCCGAGAAGAAGCUGAGAGAGCCAAAGAAGAGCUGGAAAGGCGCCUCUUCCAGCUGGAAGAUGAAGCCAGGCAGGCCAACGAGGCCCUGCUCCGAUCCCAGGAAGCAGCAGAGCUGCUGGCUGAGAAGGCUCAGAUUGCAGAAGAAGAGGCCAAACUGCUGGCCCAGAACGCUGCAGAAGCUGAGCAGGAGCGCCAGAGGCUGGAGAUCACAGCUCUGAAAAGCAAGGAGGAGAAGCGGCUGAUGGAGCAGAAGAUGCGGGAGGCGGAGCUGAUCGCGGUGAAGCUGGUGAAGGAGUCUGACAGGAGAGCCAAGGAAGCAGAGCACCUGAAACAAGACCUGCACGAAGCCCGAGAGGCCGAACGCAAAGCGAAGCAGAAGCUCUUAGACAUAACCAGGCUUAAUUAUCCUCACAUGGCCAAGUACCCCCAGUACUCUCCAGGUGACAGCAGAGAUGCCAACUUUGACAAAGGAUCCAUAAAGCUGGAUUUGAAGGACAUUGACCUCAAGAGACUCUCCUUUGAGAUAGAGAGAGAGAGGCUGGACUACUUAGAAAAGAGCAGGAAAUUCGAAGAUCGACUGAAAGAACUGAAGUCUGAAAUUCAUGCUCUGAAACUGGAGGAAAAACAGGCUGGGCUUUACUGUCACUGGAAUGAAGUCCUGGGCUCCUUGGAUCGCUCCAUAGGAGCUGCCCCAUCUUGGAUGAAAACCUUUGAAACUGGGGAUUCGUUGGAUGUAAAUCUUCCAAGACCUUUCCCUGCUUACUUGUUAAACACUGCAAGCAGCUGGCCCUGUACCAACAAAAUUCAACACAUGGUGCCAGUGGAAAAGUCAUCUUCCCAAGGAAAUUCCUUGGCUGCCAACAGUGUGGGCACGGGAGCCAGAAAACAGAUGAUAAAGGUUCAGCAGCAUGACUCAGAUGUGAUCUACAUUUGAAGCCCCUCAUUUCCUUGCCAGCCUGGUGGGACUGGUGGCCUUUUUACCUCUGUGGGGACACGUGAGCAGCUCUGGCUGCUGCCAGGUGUGAGAGACAAGGCACUGUGGAUCCAGAGCUGCCAUCCAGCUCCCAGGCAGGUGACAUCAGCUGGGAAUGCCACAAGUGGUCCCCGGUGUGUCUGGGAGCAGUGCAAACCCAGAGGAAAUGUUGUUUACUACUUGUGCACUUUGGAAGGAACUCUUCACACUUUGCUAACCCUUCCUCUCCCAGGUGUUUCACACACUCACAGCUCUGCUGCUGGAGGAAGGAUAUGAGGCAGCAAGUGCCCAGGAGGUGUUUGGGAUGAGAAAACAGAACAUAAGCUUGGUGUUUAUCUCCACAACAGACUAAUUAUGUUUUUGGUCCAGUCCCUGGGACAUGACUCCCACAGAGCUGCUCGACGUUUUAGUGUUUGCCUGCCAAAUAUUUUCCUUCUCCUCCCCAAACAUUUCUUGGUUCACUUAAUUGAUUUGCAUUUCUCUGUGAGAAAUCUCAGCUUUUUAAUUCCAGAUGCAGAAGUGGACAUCUUCAAAUACCUCCCAUUCCUGGGGGAAUCCUUUGUUUGGAAUGCAAAGCUUCUGUUCUUCAAGUCCCUGACUAGAUCAAGCACUUUCUGCUCCAGCAAACUUUGCAUACAUUAACUGGCUUCCCACUUCUGUGCAACACAGCUCCCACAUUAGACAAAGACAAAAGAUGCUGUUGGUGCCUGCUAAAGUGGGACUUGUUUCUGGUGGAGAGGUGCAUGCAGCAAAGUGCCUGCCUCAUUAGUAAAACCCACUUGCAUUUCCCUGGUUUGUAUGUGUUUAAGUGUCUGCUUCUCCCUAAAUCUUCACUCUGAGGACUUCUGGGGAAGCAGACAACAUUCAGCUGCAGCUAAAGCAGGAACCCAGAUGAACUUGAGACAUGUGAUGUAGAAAUGAAUGGUCAUGUUGUUAAAUAUCUUGUUCUAAAAGCUAAGUUUAAAAAAAAUAGGUUCAAUAAAAAGCUUCAAUUUCCA